AUGAAUGGCAAUUUUACGAAUGUAUUGGGAAAUACGAGCAUUCAUCUAUGGCAAAACAGCAUCACAGUUGCAUUUAUAGUGGUAAACUGUACGGUGCUAUUCUUAACUUUAAUUAUAGGUAUAGCAGCAAAUCUGUUCGUGGCGUGGGCCGUGUACAAUCAGAAGUCACUUCGGACAUCCAACAAUGCGCUCUUGGUCAACCUUGCCGUAAUUGAUCUCCUACGAUGCGCGACAGAUUGUCCCUUACUCUUGGUUAUUAUCCUGGGUGGACGCAACGGUGGAGACAUUUGGAUUAUUCUUUGUAACGGUCAGGUGAUAUCCUUCUCACUCAGUUGCUGUGUUCAGUUACUCACGUUGGCAUGCAUCAGCGCUGAACGUUAUCAAGCCAUAGCACACCCAUUUAAGACAUCUGAACGCCGAAAACGCAUUAUGACAUGGAUUCCGUUGACUUGGACCAUAUCUAUCCUCAUCUCAGUUCUCUGUGUAUUGUUUGCAAAGGAUUCCCCCGUAUACGUGAGAUGCAAACGUGUGGAUGUAGAUACACUAAAAUCGUAUGACACUUUUGGACUGUACGUUUUAAUCCCAGUUUGGUCCAUUUGCUUAGUUAUCAUUAUUUGUUUCUAUACUCGAAUAUUCUUUCUAGUAAAAGCUCACAGCAGAAAAGUAUUUGACAAGGGAACUUUUAUUUCCCCCGGGGAAAAAAGAGAAAAUGAAAAAAAGAUGGAAGAGGAGCAGACGAAGGAAAAAGUUAAAUGCGAACCAGAGAUAACUACAAAACCGGACGAUUCUCAGUUGGUGCCUGAGGCUACAGAAACUACUGAUAAUGGAAAGAUGACGCCCGGGGAUUCAAACGUGCCCUGUUGCUCGGACACUGCAGAAAAAAACAGGGAUGCAACGAGCGAGCCUAUCAAAACAACAGAUGUUGUAAAACCUGGCCAAACUGAACAUUUGCUCAGUGCAUCCAAUCAAAAUCGUGAUUCAUCUCAAAUGAAUUCAAACACAAAUGCUCCACAACUGAUAGAUUUGGAGGGAGAUGAUGGCAAGGGUACUCCGCAGACGAAAGAAGACAAUGCAAAAGUCGAGGAGUUGUCACCUCUGCCGGCCGGAGAAACUCGGCCCUCUGCUAGUCCAGCCGAAAACGCAGAUCAAAACGAAGAAGUCGUGGGUGCAGUUUGUAUGAUGCCAUCCCUUGCCAACAGGGAGAGGGGCAUCAAAAACAAAGAGAGCAAACUGGCGAAGCGCUCUGGCUAUAUCAUUUUAACAUUCCUCUUGUUCUGGAUACCGCUGAUUGCGACAGUGCUUUUGAACUUCUUUAUUCACACAAACGCGGAUCCAAUCAGCAAGCUCACCAGAGAGUUGGAAAUUCUCUCAGUCUCUUUGUGCUGCAUGACGUCCGUUACAAACCCGAUCAUUUACGCAGCUGUAAAUCCCCAAUUUCAAAACGAGUUUCACAACCUGAAGACAAGGUGUAAAGCUUUAUGGACUAAAACUUAA